CGCGAUGGAGGAGAAAUACGGCGGGGAAGUGUUAGCCGGCCCAGGCGGCGGCGGCGGCCUCGGGCCGGUGGACGUGCCCAGCGCUCGAUUAACAAAAUAUAUUGUGUUACUGUGUUUCACUAAAUUUUUGAAGGCUGUGGGACUUUUUGAAUCAUAUGAUCUUCUUAAAGUAGUUCACAUUGUUCAGUUCAUUUUUAUAUUAAAACUUGGGACUGCGAUUUUUAUGGUUUUGUUUCAAAAGCCUUUUUCGUCUGGGAAAAGUAUUACCAAACAUCAGUGGAUCAAAAUAUUUAAACAUGCAGUUGCUGGAUGUAUCAUUUCACUCUUGUGGUUUUUUGGCCUUACUCUUUGUGGACCACUAAGGACUUUGCUGCUAUUCGAACACAGUGAUAUUGUUGUCAUUUCACUGCUCAGUGUUUUAUUCACUAGUUCUGGAGGAGGACCAGCAAAGACAAGGGGGGCUGCUUUUUUCAUUAUUGCUGUGAUCUGCCUAUUGCUUUUCGACAAUGAUGAUCUCAUGGCUAAAAUGGCCGAACACCCUGAAGGACAUCAUGACAGUGCUCUAACGCACAUGCUUUACACAGCUAUUGCCUUCUUAGGUGUGGCGGAUCACAAGGGUGGAGUAUUGUUGCUAGUGCUGGCUUUGUGUUGUAAAGUUGGUUUUCAUACAGCUUCCAGAAAACUCUCUCUAGAUGUUGGUGGAACCAAACGUCUUCAAGCUUUAUCCCAUCUUGUUUCUGUGCUUCUCUUAUGCCCAUGGGUUAUUGUUCUUUCUGUGACAACUGAGAGUAAAGUCGAGUCUUGGUUUUCACUCGUUAUGCCUUUCACAACGGUGAUCUUUUUUGUCAUGAUCCUGGAUUUCUAUGUCGAUUCCAUUUGUUCAGUCAAAAUGGAUGUUUCCAAAUGUGCUCGCUAUGGAUCCGUUCCCAUUUUUAUCAGUGCUCUACUUUUUGGAAAUUUUUGGACACAUCCAAUAACAGACCAGCUUCGGGCUAUGAACAAAGCAGCACACCAGGAGAGUACAGAACACGUGCUUUCUGGAGGAGUAGUAGUGAGCGCUAUAUUCUUCAUUUUAUCUGCCAACAUCUUAUCAUCUCCUUCUAAAAGAGGACAGAAGGGUACCCUAAUUGGAUAUUCUCCUGAAGGAACACCUCUUUAUAACUUCAUGGGUGAUGCUUUUCAGCACAGCUCCCAGUCAAUCCCUAGAUUUAUUAAGGACUCACUAAAACAAAUUCUUGAAGAGAAUGACUCCAGGCAGAUCUUUUACUUCUUGUGCUUGAAUCUGCUUUUUACCUUUGUGGAAUUAUUCUAUGGCGUGUUGACCAAUAGUCUGGGUCUGAUCUCAGAUGGAUUUCACAUGCUCUUUGACUGUUCUGCUUUGGUCAUGGGACUUUUUGCAGCCCUGAUGAGUAGAUGGAAAGCAACUCGGAUUUUCUCCUAUGGGUAUGGCCGAAUAGAAAUUCUCUCUGGAUUUAUCAAUGGGCUUUUUCUAGUGGUAAUAGCAUUUUUUGUGUUUAUGGAGUCAGUGGCUAGAUUAAUUGAUCCUCCGGAAUUAGACACGCACAUGUUAACACCAGUCUCAGUUGGAGGGCUGAUAGUAAACCUUAUUGGUAUCUGUGCCUUUAGCCAUGCCCACACCCAUACCCAUGGAGCUUCUCAAGGAAGCUGUCACUCAUCUGAUCACAGCCACUCACACCAUAUGCAUGGACACAGUGACCACGGGCAUGGUCACAGCCACGGAUCUGCAGGCAGAGGCAUGAAUGCUAAUAUGAGGGGUGUAUUUCUCCAUGUCUUGGCAGACACACUUGGCAGUAUUGGUGUGAUCGUAUCCACCAUUCUUAUAGAGCAGUUUGGAUGGUUCAUUGCUGAUCCCCUCUGUUCUCUUUUCAUCGCUGUAUUAAUAUUUCUCAGUGUUGUCCCACUGAUUAAAGAUGCCUGUCAGGUUCUACUUCUGAGACUGCCACCAGAAUAUGAAAAAGAACUGCAUAUUGCCUUAGAAAAGAUACAGAAAAUUGAAGGAUUAAUAUCAUACCGAGACCCACAUUUUUGGCGUCAUUCUGCCAGCGUUGUGGCAGGAACAAUUCAUAUACAGGUGACAUCUGAUGUGCUGGAACAAAGAAUAGUACAGCAGGUUACAGGAAUACUUAAAGAUGCAGGAGUAAACAAUUUAACAAUUCAAGUGGAAAAAGAAGCAUACUUUCAACAUAUGUCUGGCCUAAGUACUAGAUUUCAUGAUGUUCUGGCUAUGACAAAGCAAAUGGAGUCUAUGAAAUACUACAAAGAUGGUACUUACAUCAUGUGAGAAAACUUGGAAAUUACCCCUGGGGUAUGAACAAAGAAG